ACUUUGCGCCGCCGGCAUCUGGGGACUGUAGGUGUCAUCAGCACACCUUCCAUGAUCAAUCAAGAUAUGGCUGUCAAAUGCUUUCUUUGGUCAGCAAAAAUAUGCCCCAAGUCCAGGGAUUUCCAUUCAGUUUCUGCUUCAAUGGUUGUCAGUGAUCAGUUUGUGCUGUGUAAAGCAGCUCUCAUAUUUGCUGUGACUAGAUGGAUCCUGUCAUUUGCGCUGCACUUCCUGACCACUUCCUUGGGCAUUUUAUCAGUGCCGACAGAUUCGACAGCGCCGGCUUCUUCGGGCUCGUCUUGCUGCUCUUCUCCAUCAUCUUCGUCGGCCAGUUUGAGAAUUGUGAGGGACAGUCUUGCCACGACGACUCUCGGAAGCAUCCUGCCGGAGCGCCAGGACAUGUCGUGCGCCGUGUGCCUCAACAGGCUGAGGAAGAACAGCAAGGUGUGCCAGCUGAGCAACUGUAGCCAUGUCUUCCACAAGCACUGCCUCGAGAGGUGGCUGUCGUACGACAACCGGUUGACAUGCCCCCUCUGCCGGGCAUCUCUCGUCGCCGUAAGCUCUGCGCCGCCAGCGCCACAACCGAGCUGGGCGGUGGAGCGGAUGCUUUACUUGUUUGGAGAUGAUCUGCUCCCUUAGGCCCUGUUUUUCUUGAUUCUUGAUCAGGGGAAUGCAAUUUCUUGCACCUCCUCCAGAUUCAGAUUCUGAUUAUUUGUUAGUUUAGAAUUGUUAUUGGGCAUAGGGAGAUUCAGAUGUAUUUGUUGAGCCCAGUUUGUACAUACGAAGUUGUUUGGGGUUGCACAUUUGCAGACCCACAGAAAUUACAGUGCCAGGUUAUCAGAAUCAGCCAUUCUUUUUUCUUAAUUUGUAGCAGUUACUCACUCAUGUACAGUAAGAGGCUUUACCAUUAUUGAUUGAUGAUCUAUUGUUUGUUCUACAAUCAAACCGUGUCUUCAAUUCUUGAUCCA